GUAGAAACAUUCAACACCAUAACAAGACAAGAACCUUCAAAAACACGCGCCCGCCCGGAGAAAUUACGUCCAACUCGCCGCUUUCCUCCCGCGUGCUGCCACCUGCCGCACCCGCGAUCCACCAACCGACAAAAGCGAACCCAAGUUUUACGGACAACUCCAGAACCGGAUCUACCACUCGCAGACACGCAACGCAACCUCCGAUCCUCCCAAGCGACGACAGCGAUGGAAGUGAAGCUGCACACGGCACGGACCCUCGUCGGCCGCCUGCGUGGCGCCGCCGCCGCGCACGACGGGGCCGCGACGGCCUCCGCGGUGGCCGAGAUCCGCCUCGUCUCCAAGGACGACCCGGAGAUCCGCGCGCCGCUCGCGGACGCGGGCGCCGUGCCCUUCCUCUCCGCUCAGCUCACAACGGGGCCGUCCGCCGCCUCGGUGGACGCCGCGGCCGCACUCCUCAACAUCUCCAUCUCCGCUCGGGAGGAGCUCAUGUCCACCCCGGGCCUGCUCGACGCGCUCACGGCCGCGCUCCGCACCGACGCCGCGCACCACGCCGCCGCGACCGUCCACAGUCUCCUCUGCGUCGAUGCCUACCGGGCCACCAUAGGCGCCAAGCGGCCGCUCCUCGCGGCGCUCGUCUCACUCCUCCGCGCCCCGCCCAGCACCCGCGCGACCAAGGACGCCCUCAAGGCGCUCUUCGGCGUCGCGCUCUACCCGCCCAACCGCGCCACGCUCGUCGGGCUCGGCGUCGUGCAGGCCCUCUUCGCACUUGUCAUGACGGACGGUCGUAGCGGGAUCAUCGAGGACGUCACCGCCGUCAUCGCGCAGGUCGCCGGGUGCGCGGAGAGCCUGGAGGCGUUCAGGUGGAUGUCCGGGGUGCGGAUCCUCCUCGACCUUGUCGAGCCUGGGGGCGCGGCGACACCGAGGGCGAGGGAGAACGCGGCGGCCGCGCUGCUCAACCUCGUCGUGGCCGGCGGCGAGCGGGCCGUGACCGAGGUGAUCGCGGUCGGUGGCGCCGAGGACGCCGUGCGGGAGCUGGCCGAGGACAGUGCGGCGAGCCCGAGGGGGAAGGCGAAGGCAGAGGCGCUGCUGCGGGCGCUAGAGGGCACCGGCGCGAGGAAGCGGGAGCACCGGCUCGCCGAUUUCUUGAACGGGCUGGUGCAGUCGGACCCGUACAUCUCGUCGCCGGCGUCGGCGUCGACGCAGGGGUAGGCUGACGUAUUGAGUUUGACCGUCCACGUACGUACGUGUGUCUUGUACAAAACUAGUACCGUAUGUAGUAUGUAGCUUGGCUAAAAAUACAUUUUUGUUGGUUGAUGAGAAUAUUAUAGUUUUCUAGCA